GUCCCCUGGGGGAAGGCCUGGAGGACAUGUCCCUCUCCUCCACCUCCUCCCUGGAGCGCAAUGAUACCAGCGAGGAGUACAUGGACGACUUUGACAACCUGGGGAACGGAGGAGACGGCAUUCUGCUGCUCCCUGCCCGUGAUGGAGAGCUCGACCAAUCGCACUCUGUCUUGGCAGAUGAUGACAACGUAGACGUCAUCCACCGUCACGGUGGCACCUCGAUGGCGGGCCUAAACAGCUUCCUGUCUGACAGUGUAGACUGGGCCGGAAUGGGACUCACUGGGGGUAGAGGGGGCUUAGGGGCGUUGUCUCGGCGUGCUAGUCACGCCCUGUCCGGGGGUGCAGACUACCCGCUCGGCUCUUCCCUCGACCUGUCUCCCUCAGACUCAGGCUCGGGGGGGGACCUACAUGUGGGACGAGGAGGGUCUGGAGCCCUUGGGGACCACCACACAGCCCUGUGGGAGCUACAACUCAGACCUCAACAGCAUGGACAUACUCAACAACCUUGACAACCUAGAGUCUGGGUGUGACCUGGACGACGAUGACCUCAUGCUGGACGAUGACCUCCCUGAGGAUGGCUCCUUGCACGGUGAUACUGAUGGGAUGUCCCAUCUGGCCCUGUGGAGGAGACGGCAGCUCUGUUGGACUGUAGACGACCGACUCCACAACGACAACAUUAGUGACUGUGUGUUCCAGACCUAUGAUGGGUACCAGAGUCAGGGCACAGGCUUGGCAGCCCCUCACCAGGCUGUGGAGCUGGAUGAGCUGACACUGAAACACAUGGCAGAGGACUGCUGCUCUGUGAAGGCCCAGCUAGAACACCUGAAACUACUGCUGCAGAUGGAGGAUGGUAGUGAUAUGGACGACACUCUGAUUCUGGAUACCUUGAGUCCAGAAUCCAGACGGGACUCAAUUCAAUCUCGACAGGUGGAGGAGCUGUUGAAGGAGGUGCAGGAGCUGAGAGAGGAGCUGAGGAGUAAAGACUGGACCAUUUCUCAGCUGACCCAGCAGAUGGCUGUUCCUGUCAAGGCUACGAGAUGCCACUGCCAGCAGUACAGUCCACCUGGAAGAGAUGUGGAAAGAGUGAUGGUGACCUACCAUGACAAGGCCACACAGACUCCACCAUGGAGGGGACAUGCUCCUCAAAUACUACAGCCUUCCAGGCCAUGGCCCAACAGGGUGCACCAACCCCACUCCCAGGAAAGAUUAACAAACUCAGCCCACACCGAGGCCCCCAGUGAGCCGGCCACCUCUAACCCUGGCUGUGGCUGGGGGGACAGUCUGGCCAGCAGGGCCCAGCACAGCUCCCGCUCUGGCCUGGCUUGCCCUAGCCCUGCUUCCACCCCUCCUGCUGGCUGUCUCCCUGGUCCAGAAGAACUCAGCCUCUCACUCAGCACCCAACUGAAGAUCAGUGACUCCGAGGGUCCGGAGGGCCGGACAUGUUCUCCUCCCCACCCUGGAUCAAGACUCAGGCUGGACUCAGCCAAAAGGAUCCCUCCCCCUUGUCUCCCGCAGACCCCCGGCUCUCUGAAGAAAGCCUCCAUCCCUAAGAGGCCACAUGAAGGCCCCCCCACAACCACCACCACCACCCAGACAUCCAUGGCAGGCUUCCCCAGGGUGAUGAGAGGAAUCCAGGGUCGGGGUGGUCUCAGGCCGGGCCACACAGCUCCACAGUCCAGGCUGAGUCUGCUCCCACCUGCCUCCAGAGGUCAACCCUGCUACAGCGCCGCACCCCAGUCCUCUGCCUCCUUUCUGGGACCUGCCCUGCCCGCCUUCCCCCGGACCAAAGCACCCAGACAGACUCCAGGCCUCAGAGAACCAGAGAGUGGUGGGCUCAAGGCCAGAGGUCUAGGCCCUCCCAGCCUCUUACGACUCCCCAAGCCAAAGGGCCACUGAUUGCUCUCUCUCAAUUCUCAGUGCCCUCUAGUAAGGCCAUUCAGCACCACCCUCUACCUACUCAGACCCAAAAGAUCAGACUUCGUCUAGAGGCUUCCGACCUCCCCUUAGUAAGGUUACCAUGUCUACCCUGUGAGAAAGGAUGACAUGCAGACUAAUAGACUAUAUCCUUUAAUAUAUAACCCAAAAUAAUAUUUUAUCUAACCUCUUCCAAUAAGAAUCACUAAAGGUCAGAAAAAAAAUUGGCUCAUGUACACAUUUGAUAUCAUCUCAGAUGAAGAAGUCAAGCAUAACAUCUUAUUGUUUUUCCCCUCUAAAAAAUUGCUUCAACACUGUCUGUGCGUAGAUUGUUGUUUUUGUGAAGUUCUGUUUCAAAGUGGGAACUGGCAGGAUGCUUAACUUUAUAUUCCCUCCAGCCCCAACAAGCUACAAUUACAACUUUACUUUCUGGCCAAAACUUUUCCCAAGAUAAUGAACAUGCGUAGGAACACGGCAUUAUCUGGCCUCAAUAUAGCAUUUAGGGUUAUUUAUACAUACUCAGUUGGGUUGAACUUUACAGGGCUUGACAUUAACGCUUGUCCGCUUUCCCAGGGCAAGUAAAAAAAUUAAUUUAAAAAAAUCGGAUAUGAAGAAUAUAGAUUUAAGUUGUCCGAAUGGACAAGAACAAAAAAAAAAAUUAUAAAAAAAAAAAUCACUAGUAAUAAUAAUAAUAAGUGUAAUUGUUUCAGUGAUUUUUUUUUUUUUUUUUUAUACAAUUUUUUUGUUGUUGAUCGGAUUCGUCUAAUUAUUAGACGAAUCCGAUCAGAAUUGGAUCAGUGUCCUCCUAAUCUCUGCAGAGCGCUUUAGAGUAUAAUUAUUGUAGGCCUGCAUUGACAGGCACAAGCGAUCUUUCAAUCAUGCAGUCACGAGAUGUGUUUUUGAGAUCAAAGCAAGCCUAGCCGCAUGUGCACAUGUUGGUAUUCAUUGCUAGUUAGUGAGUUAUUUGCCCAGUUAUAGCUCAUUUUUGGUCGUCAAUGAAAAUGCUGGAAAAGUUUGCAUCACCUUGUCAGAAGAGAGCGACAUUUGCGCAGCAGGUAAAGCAAUGAUAUACAACAGCCAUAUUGUGUAGAUUGGCUUGUUCUCACUACUUAACUAUUUAGCUAUUAGCAUGUAUUAAUGUUAUGUCUGAUGGCUUAAAACAUAUUUCCACCCGCGCUCGUGUAUAACCGCAAAUGGCAGACACGCAGUUGAUACGGGUGCGCAGUUGAUGAAACCAAUGCUGCAUACUCCGGUUGUAAAACCGUCUCGCAAGCGCAAAAAUUCUCUCCUAUUCAAUACUGGCCAUGUAAUUCUGCCAAAGUCUAAGAAUAUAUUUUUUUAAUAGCCUAAUUGACAAGUAAUUCCUAUGCUGUCAAGAUUUUCCCUGAACACUGAAUAUUUUAACCUUACAAAUGGAUAAACAAGUGACGUGAGCUUUCGGACAAGUAAAAAAAUCAGUCCUACUUGUCUGAAGGACCAAGUGGCUAAGAAAGUUAAUGUCAAGCCGAGCUUAACCUACUGAACAGCUGCCUGUAUGUAGGGGUUGGGCUUAGUAUAACUUUGAUUUCUCUAUAGACAGGAACUUCAUUUACCUGAUAUAAUCUCUGUGUAGCAGUGUGGUAGAGGGAUUAAGACAAUAUAACACAGUGGAGCGGUUACAGGAACAGAGAAUCCCUUUUGACUUGAAGGGGAACAUUUGGUUGUAUAGACUAGAGAAUAUAGUUAGUUACAUCAGAUAUUGUCCCUCUGGCUAAACUGGGGGAUUCUACUUGCUGAGUGAUGUUCUAAAGUUCCCCUUGCUACACAGCCAGUAUUGUGUGUCUCUCUCACAGGAGGUUGGUGGCACCUUAAUUUGGGGGGGAAGGGCUCGUCGUAAUGACUGGAGCGGAAUCAGUGGAAUGGUAUCAAAUACAUCAAACACAUGGUUUAUGAGCCGUUCUCCCCUCAGCAGCCUCCUGUGUUCUCUGGUUUUGAAACACCUUUAUUAUUUCUGCCUUGUACCCUGAGAAUGCCUUACGUUUUUAAGUGCACUCUCAAAAGUAGCUGUAUGUUGCACUGUACCCUUCUGUCUACCGAUAGUCUGUAUCUGUCUUUGUGGUGGUGCAGUUUGAUUGCGACACAGGGACAACAAAGAGAUCAGAGGAGCCAUCUUGUGCAAUUGGUGCUCUCUGAGCCUUCUUUGUUCCCCUCGUGCUUCCAUCAUGAGCAGGUCUAGUUUGGUCUGUGGGUAGAGGGUCACCCACAUGCUACCUUAAUGAGGCUGCACCAGAGAAGAGCUCAGCCUCUCAGCCCAACUACACAGCAGACGUGCUUCAGGCCAGGUCCCUGAAUAGAAGGGGACAGAAAGAUAAAUAAUUUCCUAGCAUGAAACAAUGUUGCUGGUGUAAUGCAGAGGCUGGUGGCAACUUCCACGUGAUCCGUAAUGAUUCUGAGUCGGAUCCAGUUGGCAUGGUAACACGGCUGAGUGGCACGAGGAUGUCGAGUGUGUUACGCACAUGCUCAGUGUGUCCCUGUCGACAGCAGGGCCAGGCAUGCUCCUUUGACAUCUGCUAAGACUUAACCCUCCAUUUUUACAUUUUUUAAUUGUUCACUACUACUUCUCUCACUCCUUCCUCAAAAGGUGAUAGACUUACAAUGAGUGCAUCACGGUGGGUCAGAGUGUCAAGGAGGGUGGAGAGGGACACAAUGACUCUCAUUUGCUUUUCUUCAAAGUCAUGUCUAACUACUUCCUGGUCUGUUACUAUGUUUAGUCCUUGAGAUCUUUAAGUAGUAGCCAAUUGGCACCAUUGACCUAUCAGGUCCUUAUUUCCUUGAUGAUGUCAUAACUGAUCUUUUGAUCCCAAGUCAGUUGGCUCACUGUACGUUGUAGAAUGAGCGGAACGUCACCCAGUCAAAACGGUCUCAAAGACGAGAAUAAAAAUGCCUAUUUCUGUAACUUAAUUUGGCAUUUCUUCUUUCCCAACUAAAGCUUUACAUGUUUUUCUAUGCAACACAGUUGUGCCCUAGUCAUGGAAGAUAAGUCACAGUGGUACAUAGUCAUGGGCAAUGAGCUGGUUGUCUCCAUGAACCAUUCUCGUUAUGGGCAUAUGUAAAGCCAGAUGUAAGUGUACUUGAUAUCUAAAGCACUUGUUUUGCUGCCACCAAGUAUUUGUCUUUCCAUUCCUAAAUGAUUGGAAGCCAUGCCCCAUAAUGGUCAUCACGAGGACUCACCUUAUGUUUUUGUCAAGCGUUUUGAAGUGCUUUCUGCAGCAACCCUACAACGCACGCGUACAACAUCACCCUGAUCUGAAUCUGCCUCUGGACCUGAAAAACGUCAAUCAACUCUGCUAUUUGGAAUGCACGGCUGCUUCCAAUCCCACCCAGAUAAGAACCAAAAACGUUUUAUACAUUUAAUCUCUUCAAUGAUGAACAAACAAACUAUUUGAUGUUUGUCAGGAUGAGGAAGAGAUUAAUUUAAUCAAUUCCUGUUUGACAGUCAGUCCUUGACUUAAAGGAUUUAGAAUGUUCAGGGGGAAGGAUAUUUAAAAAAAAUAUAUUAACGAGAUCUUAACAGAAACCCUAACAUGUUUAUCUCUGAGAAAUUCUCACCCAAAACCCCCAAAAUAGGAGUGACUUAAAAUUAUUGAGAAGGGUUGGGAUUUGUUAGUCAUGCAUUAUUAUUUUUCGGUUGUCUAGCUUUGCUUGGCUUACCAUAUUAUGGUAUGUAGAUUAAACAAAUGUCAAAUGCAUAACUUGCCCUCAAAAUGACUGCAUGGGAUAGCAUCACGUAGCAGUAUUCACCGUAAAGCACUCUUGCUGUUCUUGUGUAUUACAGAAGUGCCUGCUUUUGUGACUUCCUUUCCCACAGUCCUGAACAUAACAUUUUGGUAUGUAGAUGAGUGUGGUUCUGGAGCUUGGUCCCACUGCCUGGCUGUGUUGCUGAAAGAGGUCUGCCUUGGGUUCACAGGUGAAUCCCACUCCUUGCUCCAUCUGGCUGCCAGUGGGGCUCCCUCCGCCCCUCUACAGGGUUCAACACAGGGAUGCAUUAUGCUCUCCCAGGCUAUCAGAUGUUAGCAUGCCAGCCUCACUUAGUAUUCACUGUCCCAGUCUCACACAGUCAACCCGUUCUGACUGGGAAGGGCAAACCUGUUUGUCUGUCUCACUACAGAAGCAUCCUCUGUAUUCAAAAAGCAGGCCAAGGUAUGCUUCCAGUGUUGUCUCAGCUCUGACGUUUUGAAUUUCAAGUGUUCAGAUUUGCUUUGCUGCCGUCUCAAUGCACUCUGGUGUGCCCCCUUGUCCUUGUGAGUAGUCUUAAGUAGAUCUGCCGCUGUGCUGCUUGUCUCUUCCCGAAUUUAGAACAAAUCUGUUUUAAGCUCAUUUUCCUUUUUUUCCUUUUUUUUUUUUUAAAUGGAAAUGUUGAAACAGUAGUUUAAUUCAUGUAAUUACAUUGUAAACAGAGGCAUGUGUUUGCUGCUCAUAACGAUCUGUUAAAUUCAUGUUUAAUGUUCCUCAUUAUCUCAAAUGGCACCCUUUUAUAGUGCACUAAAUUUGACCAGAGCCUUAUGAGCCCUUGUCAAAAGUAGUGCACUAUAUAGGGAAUAGGGUGCUAUUUGGAACGCAGUUGUCCCCCUUCCCUCCGUGCACUGCUCCUUAAUUCUGGAGAAGUAGGACUCUCCUUAAGUAAAUCACCAUUUCACAGAUGUUGCGGCCUGGAGUUUUUCCCGACCUUGUGACCUGCCAAUGAAAAAUUGGGCUAUCACUACCCCAGUUUUUUUAAUUUUUUUAUUCUUUUGGUCAGGUCACUUGGUAAUUACAAAGUCCUGGCCACUUAUUUUAUGGACAGUGAGGACUGGGUUCAGGUCCAUAAUCUUCUGCUUUGUUGUUGUCUGAUAUCACUGCUGUGAACUUAAACUCCAUAACAUGAGUCUGUUUUGAAAUACACUAAUCAAUAUGGCAGAUGUACUGUAUGACUACUGUCCUGUUUCUUUCACCUCGCUAGCAUCACAUUGACUGUACAUUGUACUGUAUAACUUAUUUUCCUCACCUAGGACAGGAAAUUAAAACAGAGAGACUCUGCUCAGAGGAUCGGUUGUGUUUCCUCAUGUAUUUGUGUUUAUCUUCCUGCCACUUCUGUUUUAAUUCCAUGUUUGCUAUACUGUUAUUUAAUAUGUGCAAUACGAUAACGAUUGAGAGCAUACUGUUGUACACAAUACUAAUUAUUUAUGUCUAUGAUAUCCAAUAUCUAUAUCUGUGUAAUUGUCACUGAAUUCUUGUGAGCUUUUCAAAAAAGAAACAUCUCAAUCUGAAAUGCACUUUAAAUGGUUGUGGUGAGACUGAAUAUGAAUGAAUGAACUUAAAAGUGUUGAACUACUUUUCGUUUUGAUUCUGCUCCCCACCCUUUUUGCUGUGAUGUCUCUGAGGCUACGGAGUGGCUGAGCGCUCAAAUAAAGACUGCACUCAA